AUGAGUUCCUAUUUUGUGAAUCCCACUUUCCCGGGGAGCCUGCCUAAUGGGCAGGAGUCGUUCCUCGGGCAGAUCCCCAUCUACCCAGCUGGGUACGAGGCUCUGAGGCACUUCCCAGCCUCUUAUGGGGCCGGCAGCCUGCAGGACAAGACCUACUCCUCACCUUGCUUCUAUCAACAGUCCACCAACACGGUCAUCGCCUGCAACCGGGCAUCCUAUGACUAUGGAGCCUCUUGCUUCUAUCCAGACAAGGACUUGGGCGGCGCCUCCUCGCCCUCCGGCAGUGGCAAGCAAAGGGCCAGCCACCCUGGGGACUAUCUGCCCUGCUUUGCUUCUGACCAGCAGUACAAACCCGAGAGCGGGCCGGCCAAAAUCCUAAACGAGGAAGGAAGCGACCGGAAGUACAGCAGCCCUGUUUAUCCUUGGAUGCAAAGGAUGAACUCGUGCGCUGGUAAGUCACAGGGAUGCAAGCAAGACUCAAGGGGUGGGCGGGCGAGUGGGGGUGAAAGUGAAGGUGAGGGGGGAGAGAGAUAAAGGGCUUUGGGGGAGGAUGGAGGAAUAUGAGAGGGGUUUUUUUUUGCAGGGGGGUGAGCUGGAUCUAUGAAGACCAGUGUCACCUGCAAGCAAAUGGGUAGACUGAGAUUCCUCUCCAGGUUCUCCUCUAUCCUGACACUCUGCUGGGCGGGGUGAGGUCGGGUGGGGGGGCUACUUUGAAAAAGUAUGCAUUUAUUUAUUUAUUUUAAAGGAAGGGUCGCCUAAAGUCUGAGUCAGCAGAUAAAGGUUGCAAUGCCAAACAGUCAUACCUGAGAGCCAGUUCGGUAUAAAGUACUAAGAUCUGGUGCUCGUUGUAGGCUUGGUUGGUGGUUACUGCUGCUACUAGUACGAAAUAAUCAUGAUUAAAAGAAGCCCGCUUCCAUGAGAGCCAAAGACUGAUGCAAAGGAAUAUGCCCUCUGUAUUGACUGCUCAAUAUAUUUGCAAGACAGAUCCUCUCUUCCCCCUCCCUUCACCCACUCAUUAGUGUGUAAGUAUUAGCUACUGAAUGCACGUUUUCCAGUAAUAUGUGCACGCACACAAAUCAUCUGCUGGGGGCGGAGGAGGUGGGAAGAGAGGAAACUUGAUCAAUGGCCAAAUUCCCAUUGAUUUCAAUGGAUCAGAAUUUCAUCCUUUGUUCCUCUUAAAGGAAAAGAUUGGAAAGGAGAGGAAAAGACAUGCAAAAUUUAAACUCCACAACGCAUUUUUAUUCAGGUUUUUCCUACAUAAGUUUACCUUCUCCGUUGUGAGUUUGUUUCUUCUGGGGUCACCACACUGCAGUAAAUAUAAGACUUUGGGGUGGGGGCUUCUUGCUUUAAGAAUGCAUAUUAGGAUUUAUUUCUUUGUAAUUAUACUUCGUUUCUAGGCUGUCAUCCUAAGAGCACUUACUUGGAAGUAGGCUUUACUGAAAUCAAUGGCCUUGCAAAUAAAUGAGCUCAGGAACUGGUAUCUGUUGCUUUAAUUAUUAUGAAAGGUCGUGGUCCAGACAAAGUUAAGCACUUUCAGGUCGCACUUAUUUUAAAUAGAGCAGAGUUAAGGACGUGCGCCUGCUCGAGUAUGCCUCUGAAAACCAAUGGAACUGCUUAACUUUGUCCUGCCCAGGUACCCUAUCGGCGUGAUCUUAGGCAGGUUCACUUAUAAGUAGGUUCUGUUGAGUUCAAUGGGAUUUACUCCCAGGUAGAUGGGUAUAGGAUUACAGCCUGAGUUUUUGCCGACGCCACAGCGAGAUAGAAAUGUUACACACCCCACACAGAGUCAGUCACAGCGUGUGCAUAUGUGCCCGUUUGCGUGCCAUAUGAGGGUAUUUUCUGCGUGUUGAGCGCGGAAUUUUAGCCCCGACGUCAAUACGAACAUUCGCUUCCCAAAGUUCUGCUACCAACUAGAUAUCCCUGGGAGAUAUUUAACCCGGGAAACGUUGAGGAAGGGACUGAACUUUCCCCACGCAUCUCCUUAUAUCUUCCUAUGCAAGGAUAUGGGCUGGGGGUGGGAGGGGGGGGGGAACACACGCACCAGCGCAGCUCGAAGCAGUUUUCCUCCAUUGUUAACAGAAAGCACGAAGGCCUCUCCAACUGAGACCAUCUUGUCUUUCCUUCCAUAGGUGCAGUAUACGGAACGCACGGCAGACGGGGCAGGCAGACCUACACCCGAUACCAGACCUUAGAGUUAGAGAAGGAAUUUCACUAUAACAGAUAUUUAACCAGGAGGCGACGGAUUGAGAUAGCGAACGCUCUCUGCCUCACUGAGCGGCAGAUUAAAAUCUGGUUUCAAAACAGGAGGAUGAAAUGGAAAAAAGAAAGCAAACUCAUCAAUUCCACCCAGCCGGGAGAAGAAACAGAGGAAAAGUCAGGGGAGUAA